UGGAAACAAGAUGCUGGGUUUGAUGGGCCCCAAAUCCGAUCCAUUGAGGCUUUCUUACUCUCUCACUUCUAGAGCUGCAGAGUGACUGUUGGAACAUAAGAUGGAGAGACCUCUCUGUAACUGGCCCUCUGUAUGGAAAACAUACAUCCUCACCUCACCCCCACUUACACACAUUUAAAGAAGAAUAGUAUGAUUACUGUUGGAGUAUUAACUUCUUGUUCUGAAAUGGCUUCCUUUGGGUGGAAGAGGAAGAUUGGCGAGAAGGUGUCGAAGGUAACAUCGCAGCAAUUUGAAGCUCAGGCUGCUGAUGAACAAGAUCUUGUUGACAAUGAUGAGGUUGAUUUGCUUCAUGAAGCUAAAAGGAAAAAAGGACUUCUUGAAGAGUGCUUGGCCAAAAGUAAAUGUUUAAAGGAUGAAGGAGCAAUUUUGGCUGAAAAUGAAAGGUACCGGGAGGCUGUUCAGAAAUGGGAUGAAGCACUUCAGUUAACUCCAGAAGAUGCUACCCUCUAUGAGAUGAAAUCACAGGUCCUGAUGUCUCUGCAUGAAAUGUUCCCUGCAGUGCAUGCAGCAGAAAUGGCUGUCCAGAGAGAUCCUCAUUCUUGGGUGGCAAGGCAGACAUUGGGACGGGCCCAGCUCGGCUUAGGAGAAAUAGCACUGGCUAUCCGGAGUUUCCAGAUCGCCUUGCAUAUCUACCCGCUAAGCCCUGAACUCUGGAAUGAAGAUCUCUCUUGGGCAAGAAAGUUACAGCGGGAGAAGAAAGCAACCAAAACGGAGGCGGGCCCACAAAGAACGGCCACUCAGGGAGAGACUUCGGAUGAACCAAUCCCGGAUUAUGAUUUUGAAAGCGACGAGAUUUUGGCUGUGUGUGCAGCCAUUGCCGAGAAGGAGAAAACCGCAUUGGCCUCUAAAACUGUAGUGAUUGUGUCUGCUUCAGGGGAGGUUGAGACUGUAACGGCAAAAGAGGAAAGUGCCACGACCCCUGACGGUACUGUUUUUAUCAAAGCCCGAUAAACAGCAUCAACUCUUCUGGUAACAGCCAUGUCUUUGAGGGCCUCUUUUCUCACCUUCCCUUCCGCUGCAGCCUCAUCUUGGAUUGCUGGAGCAUUGGAGUUCCCUUGCCCUUCCGACAGAGUUCAGCCUCAGUGUGUAUGGUGGCAUCACUUCAUUUCCAGAGCUGCUCGCUUCUAAAAUGGGAGAAACCUUUUAAGGGGCUGCCUGUCCAUCAGGCUCCAUCACGAUUGGAUGAUCGCAAGCUGAAUGCCAGUAUCUGCGAGAUGAUCAAUAAUGAGAACGGCUCAGAGCGCCAUGUAGAUAGGAGCGUAGAGCCACAGACCUUGGCCAUGUUGUGUUCCUGAUCUGGAAAUGGUGGCUUUCAGUUGGAAACUGGAAAGUUGGGGGCUGUGUGCAUUCAUAAACCCAUAAACAAUCCCUCAUUAUGUUU